AUGGCAACAGCAAUCCAAAAACCCCAAACCAAGAACACCCACCCCUUUAAAUCACCCAAUCCCCCAGACCAGCAACAAAACACCACAUCCCAACCCCUCACCACUGCAACAUCGGAAUCGGACAGCACCCUGACACCAGGCCGAAGUACAUCAUCAGAGUUGGAAGAAGAACCCCCCCUUAAAACAUUAAAGACAACAACAGGACCCACAACCACAACCCCAAGGAAAUGGAGCAGAAGAACACAGGAAAGAAGUAACAGAAACAGCGAAACAAAAAUCACUGGAGAAAAAGAAGAGGAAGAAGCGGUCAGCUGUCGCUGUUUCCGGGGGGAAAAGCAGACACCCCUUUUAACAAUCACAUACAAGUGCCUCAGUCUAAAUACUAACGGAAUAGCAGAAAAAAGAAAACGGGACUUGAUAUUUGAUCAUUUACGGACUUACAAGGCGGACUUUAUAUUUUUACAGGAAACACAGAAUGACAGUGAAACAAAUGAACAGCUAUGGGCCCAAGAAUGGGGCGGCCAAUGUUUAUGGAGCCGCGGCACAAACAGAAGCUGCGGAGUAGCAAUUUUGUUCAAACCAGAACAGGACUACAGCAUAACCCAUAUAUUACGUGACCAUGAAGGGAGAAUGAUAGCAGCGACAGUAAGCUAUCAAAACUCAGAAGUUAACUUAAUGAACAUAUACGCCCCCAAUAAGCCUAGAGACCGGAAAACGUUCUUCGAGAACUUAUGGCAAUACAAGCCGGGUGAACAAAACCUAAUCCUGGGGGGAGAUUUCAAUUGCGUGGAGAACCUCGAUCUCGAUAAACAAGGAGGAAACCCAUUAAGCGGCAACCUUGGGGUCACAGAAUUAAAUGAAUUCACUAACAGCAAUAAGCUGAUAGACACAUGGAGAACAACACACCCGAAUGACCACAUAUUACAUGGAGCAAUAAAGAUUUCACAAUACGUUCCAGACUAGAUAGAUGGUACAUAACCAAUAAACUACAUCAGAAAGCUCAUUCAUAUGUACGAGCUUGCUCCCAGUCAGAUCAUUCAGCGGCGGAAAUAACAGUUACCGCAGACAAUAACCCUAGAGGGAAAAGAGUGUGGAAACUCAACAAUGACAUCCUAAAGGACAGAGCUUUUCAAAGAGAAAUCAGAGCAUUCCAAACGUUUUGGGUGGAUAAGGAACAAGAAUUCCACAGCAUUCAAGAAUGGUGGGACGAAGCAAAAUGCCAGUACAAAGAAAUCGCGAUAACUCACACAUUUCGGAAGAGCAGAAAUCAGAAACGACAAGACCAAUACUUGACGCACAAAAUCAAUGAUUUGAAAAAUACGCUAAACCCAGAUAAAAACAAAAUGCACCUGCCAGUACAAAGAAAUCGCGAUAACUCACACAGUUCGGAAGAGCAGAAAUCGGAAACGACAAGAACAAUACUUGAACAACAGCUCAGAGACAUAAUUGACAAAUGGCUAGAAGGAACCAAAAUAAGGAGCAGAGCCUCAUGGAUUGAAGGGGAAAACCCACCAAGUACUUUUUCAACCUUGAACGAGCAAAACAGGAACAGGCACGUAUCUCAAAGCUGA